AUGGCAAUUUCAGGAUCAGAGACACAGUCACAAACUCAAAGUUGUACUACUACGACGGUUAUAAAAAGCGUUAACAACGUAGAAGUUGAGUGUGUGAAAUGUGACUCAUGCGGUUUCACAGAAGAAUGCACACCGGCAUAUAUCUCGAAAGUUCGACAAAGAUAUCAAGGUAGAUGGCUUUGCGGACUCUGCGUUGAAGCUGUGAAAGACGAAGUUAUUAGAUCGGAUAGACUUAUCACCAUUGAGGAAGCACUCAAUAGGCAUACAAGUUUCUGUAAAGAGUUUAGAUCGUCUUCUACUAAAACGGUUACGGAGCAUCCUAUCUUUGUUAUGAGUCGGAUUCUUCGCCGGAGUUUGGAUUCGCCUCGUCCAAAGCCGCCUCUUCGCUCGAAUUCUGCUGGAGUUCUUCCGCCUGUUGAUCGUGUUCGGUCCUCGUCGUUGAUUCGAUCGGAGAGUUGCUUUUCGUCGAUAUCUGGUUAA